AUGAGCUCCCUUGCAUUGCCAUACACCUUCCCUCGUGCACCUUCAGUUGACCCAGAAGCACAGUCAUUCUCCAGAGAUGCUCAGGUGAACAGAGAUCUUGAAAUAGAUGUGACAUUCUCCGAAACUAAACCCAGAGUGGUUCGUGAGCCUUAUGUCAAGGACUUCAAGAGUACAGAAAACAGUCCAGAGUCCAUCGUUCUUCCACAAGACAACCCAUUGGAUGACAUUCUUGGAGCUUCCCAACAGGCCAUUGAAGCCUACAUUUUGGAUAUGCCGUACACCAAGAUGUUCACACCUCCAGAGCCAAAAACUCCACAGCUCACAAAGAAAAGGUCAAGAAAAAUCCUUGAAGCAAUUCCUCACGGUAAGAAAGACAACCAAGGUGAAGAUAGGGCAUCAAAGUCCAGGAAAACUCCAGUGAAAGCAAAAAAUGUGGUAGAUCACGCCAAACGUAGUGGCGAAGAUGUCGACACUUCAACACAGGACCCAUUAGCGUGUCACGCUGAAAAUAUCAUGAGAAUGGCCAUGGAUUCCACAAUGAUGAGUUCUUUCAACAACAGUUUCUCCUCAACGUUUUCAAACUUGCAUGAAGAUUCAAUUUUGGGCAAGAGAAAUCACAACAAGGAUAACAGCCUUGUUGGCAGGGCCCCAGUUCUCGACAAGCAGAGAAGCACAUUGGUUGAAAUCAGCGCUCUGGAUUUGGAGCGGGCCGUGAGUGAACCAUACUUUAAGUAA